AUGGUUUACCUCAAAGAAACAUCGGUGACAUUAAUGGUGGCACUUUGCAUGACCUUCCCGUCGGAAUUUGCAAUAGCCGAAGAUAUUUUGUGGGUCAACUAUCAUAUCCACAUAACCAACGAUUUGCCGAUGUCAGAAUCGGAAUCCGGUGAGCCGUCAUUGUAUAUGCAUUGUAAGUAUAAGAACAAAGAUCUCGGUGAAAAAGGCAUGAUUCAACACGAGGAUUACACAUGGGAUACGAAGAUAAACCUGUUCAGGACCACCCUGUUCUUCUGCCAUGCAGUGUGGGUGAAUCAUAAGGAGAGGCAUUUUGUUGCUUUCAAGGCCACUCGAGAUGAAAAUCAGUGCAUGGUUUAUCAUUUUUCUUGCUUGUGGAUGGCGAGGGAGGAUGGGAUUUAUUUUAGCAAAGAUCAGUUUGUUUGGACUAAUGCAUACCCAUGGUAG